AUGAACGAAAGCGAAUACCGGAUCGGAAGCAUUCCUGUGCUAUAUACUGAUGCAACACCACCAAGUGAUGCUGGAGCUCGAUAUAAGGGCCUCAAUCCACGUACCAUUUUGCUUUCUGUUGGCUACAAAAAAGAGCCCGACUGCAGGACUUGGGAGGUAGAAACCGUGUUUGAACAGGAAAUUCCCAUUCCCUUAGACGACGGGGUCAUCAUACGUGCAGAUAUCUUCCGUCCUGCCGACACGCCUAUGGUGCCCGCUGUUGUGCAUUGUUCGCACUAUGGGAAAUCUGGCACAGGGUCCCAAGGGAACUCGAGGCUCCUAGGGACAGCUGAAGGUCAGGAUGGCCAUGAAGCAAUUGAGCACAUAGCCCAACUCCCUUGGUGUACAGGCAAGGUCGCGUUAGCUGAAAACGAGCAGCUUGAAGACGACAUUGCUAUGCUACAGAAGUACCCCGUCAUGAAUGAUUACUGGCUGGACAAGCGUGCCGACAUAAGUUUAAUCCAAUGUCCUGCUUAUGUUCUGGCUAGCAUGUCGACUGGGCUACACACUGUUGGCUCUCUGCGUUACGAUUGCAUCCUACACAGGGGUGGCAUGAUCUUUAUCAGAAAUGCGGUUGCGGACUUUAAGAAGUCUCUCGAUCACUAUCUGAAAUGGGAAGACAAUGAGUGGCAGCUGACUCCCCGGGCGCGUAUAUCCAUUAUAAGCUAUAGCAACGAAUCGACAUCAAUGAAAUCAUGCAUCGAACGCCGUUCUAACAUUGUACAGGAAACUAUUGAAAAUCUGCCUUUCGCUGAGUGGCCAAUACCUGAGGUUAACGACAUUACUUUGCGUCUUUCCAAGGACGGCACUCUCCAAUCAUCGUCCAACCUAGUGGAAAAUGGUCAAUGCUCCUAUAUAUCAGACGCUAAGGCAGAAAACUAUGAUGCUGAUCCAGAGGAAUUAAGCUUCGCUCACACCUUCACCAAUCAAACAGGGCUGAUUGGAAGUUCGAACGCUGUACUUUUCUUGUCCUGCCCAGAUCAUGAUGAUCUUGACAUUUUUGUGAUACUUCGCAAAAUCGACAAGAAUGGCCGCGUCCUUCACCACAUCAAUAUACCAUUUGCUGAGCUCAAAGCCACAGGAGACGAUGGUAUCAAUGGUAUCGAGGACCCUAUUGAUCUUCCUCGUCUAAAUGCUCUGCAGUACGUCGGACCAUCGGGUAUCUUGCGUGCUAGCCAUCGACAGAUUGAAGCCGGCAUAUCGAAGCAUAACUUCCCUCAUCACAAAUAUACGAGCGAAGGGAAAAUACAGCCUGCACGAUUAGUCAAGCUGGAGAUUGGAAUUUGGGCGGCAAAGUUACAGUUCGAAGCCGGCGAGAAGUUGAUGCUCCGUAUCGGUGGCCAUGACAUGAGAUUGCCUGAGUUUGAGCCUCUGCGAGGGAAAUUUACUACAGGUAAUAAGGGCACACAUAUUGUUCAUAUUAGUGAUGAGUAUCAAAGUCAUCUAGUUUCGCCUUUUUGA